CGGCGGCGGCGGCGGUGGCUGAGACGGAGGGGAGCGGCGGCUGAGGCGGCGGCGGCGGCGGCGGCCGAGGAGGAUCGGGCGGCGGAAGAUGGCGGCGCCCGUGCUGCGGGUGUCGGUGCCGGGCUGGGAGCGGGCGGCCCGGUGCGCCGUGUGCGCUGCCGGCAUCCUGCUCUCCCUGUACGCCUACCACGUGGAGCGCGAGAAGGAGCGGGACCCCGAGGCGCGGGCCCUCUGCGACCUGGGGCCCUGGGUGCGCUGCUCCGCCGCCCUCUCCUCCAGAUGGGGUCAAGGAUUUGGUCUUUUGGGGUCCAUCUUUGGAAAGGACAGUGCAAUAAACCAGCCAAACAGUGUUUUUGGACUUAUAUUUUAUAUACUACAGCUGUUACUUGGCAUGACAGCCAGUGCAGUCGCAGCUUUAAUCCUCAUGACCUCCUCCAUAGUGUCUGUGUUAGGGUCCCUGUACCUGGCGUACAUUCUCUACUUUGUGCUGAAGGAAUUUUGCAUUCUCUGUUUUAUCACCUACACGCUGAACUUCAUUCUCCUCAUCAUCAACUACAAACGACUCGUUUACUUGAACGAUGCCUGGAAACGGCAGCUGCCACCCAAACAGGACUAACCCAGCCUGGCAAGCUCUGAAGGGACCGUCUGGAGACCCUUUGCCCAUUCAGUUUAUUUGGCAGUCAUUUUUUUAUUCUUCAUAUCAGACACUUUCCCUAAGAAUCUUAAACUGAUUUUUAAAAAAAAUCCUGUAAAUUAGAAGGGGCCCUAUCUAUUUUCUGUGUCAAUCUCUUCCGUUUGAAUAUGGAUACAAAAGAGGAUACUCCGAGCCAAUCAAAGACAAGCUUUAACUUUCCUUUGAAGAUGCCUCUGAAAUAACAAAGUGUCGGUUUUUUUCCUCCCCAGUCCCCGAUUGUCAAGUGAAGCAACAGUUGCUAGUAAUUCUCUUACAUGUAUAAAUUCAGUUUCAGGUAUUAAAAAUGUGAUCAUGACAUGAAAAUAUUUUAGAAUAGAGAUACUGUAUUAAAUAUUGCCAUGUUUACAGUAUGUAAUACAUUUUUAGCCGAUGGAUUGAAACAUGUAGAUUCAACUAGAAUCCAUUUAUGUGAUAUUGUCAAUAAAGGUAGAAAUAUUGGAUCCAUCCCUGCAGAGCUCACUCUACAGUUUAGUAUAAAGGAUAGCGAUGGAGAAUUCUCAGCUCAUAGUUGAUUAAUGAAAUAUAGUGGCAGGAGUCAGGAAGCUCAUGCAGGGGGGGUAGCAUCUCAGCAACAGCACUAGUAGCUGUGGCUGCAGAGCUAGCCAGCCCCAUGGACCCUCGGGGUGUUGGUCCGCCUUCCCUGUACCUCUUCUCUAAGGAAGAAACUGAAGUUGAAAGAAGGCCCCAGUCAAGCUUAUGUGAAAUCAUGAAAUGGGACCAGUGGUUCCCUACGCAGGAUGAGUGACCAAACCUGGCCAUGAGGAAGGUGUCUCUGGGGCGUGAAGUAUGGGAAAGGGGUGGGAUGGGGUGUGAAGUUGGUGAUAUUAACGGAAGGGUUCUUAGGGGCUUCAUUUCUUCCAACAGUUGAGUUUUCCUGCAGACGUUUUAUAUUCGAAUUGGUGCCAGACAGCCAAGCAGUGUUAGCAUUCACUGGUAACAGGUGUGUAAGCAAGCCCAAGGAAUGCCCAGGAGGAUCUGGGUCCUGCGUAGCUCCAGAGGGAUUUCCCGAGUGGAUGAGUUCUGCUCCAUCUAGCUAAGAGACAGAGUGGUCUGGUUUAGAAUCUCCGGUUUGUACUAUAUUUAGAGUGAACUUUAGGUCUGACACCCUGCACUUCUCACAAGAGACUCAGUCUGCAUGGGAGGGAAAAGAAAGUACUUACUGUAGGUAGCAAAGGGAGGGAGGCUGCAGGAACACUGGCGUUGCUCUUGACGAGAGCCACUGCAAGUGCAGGAUGAAGUUUUUUUUAAAAAGCUGAUCUGAAUAAAUCCAAUGGAAAUUGUGACAGUGUGUUUCUAUGGUCAACAUCCUAAAACAGAAUAUUAAAAGUGCCUUCUGUCUUCAAUCCUUAAACCAAAUAUUUUGUGUGUUGAACUCAGCAGGCAGAAGUGUCCUUGCUUCCCCUCCCCCCCCACUUGAAUGGAAUAGAAAAACUCACAGUAUAUAGGAAAGCACUGUAUGUGGUCAUUCUGGACCUUAGGCUGAGUAGUAGCAAUAGUGUUGGUUCCAGUUCCAUUAGCCAUUGUGUUCAAGUGUAGCUGACCAGGCUCGGGGAAUUAAUGUGUGAAGACUGGAGGGCAGAGAGCAGCAGGCUUAGAAAGUCAGAAUCUGGAGACUCAGCAACAAUGUGGUAGGUUGGGUUUGGGGUUUUUUGUUUUUUGUUUUUUUUUUUCCAACUAAAGUCUUGCAGUUCAUAAAAUCAGUAGUGUUUUCUGCCCUCCAAGCAGGUAUAUAAGGGAUCUGGAUGUAUACUCUAAACUAGAAACCAUUUUAUUUAAAAAUGACCUGAUCCAGUUGAAACAAAAACUUCCUUUUCCUGUGAAUGUGAAUGUUUAAAGAACCAAUUUCUAAUAUGAAUUUCUUGUACUCUAAUGAUUUAAGAACACUAGAAGACAGUGAAUGCUUGAAUGUCAGCAGUGGGGUUUUUUGGGGAGGAGAGCAUUGAUAAAUUUGUGAAAAAUAGUUGGCAGUUUUGCUAAGGUAAUUCACUUAAGUUCUCUUAUCUAAGAUUUGGGAGGAGAAGUUCUAACAAUUAAGAGUGCUGUGGUGAAACACCAUCACUUAGGAAGCACUCUGCACGUUCUUGUCCCAACUUGAGACAAUUUCCCACCACAUUUUGUAUGAACCAACAGCAUACACUUGAAGCUUCUCUUGAUGUUUAGUUCUCUCUCAGACAACUUGAACUUUGAUGAGAGGACAUGAGUCUAACAUUUAACUGGGACCCUUAUGGCUUUCCUUUCUUUUCCUCUCCUAAGUCUUAGGGGAAACACCACUGGUUAAUAUCUUGUAUAGAAGUUAUUUUGAUACAUUCCUGUGACUAGUAGACUUAAUGUGCUUUUUCUCCACAAAAGAGAUAAGUAUGUGCUGCUUGAUGUACCAGCUUACCAUUCAUUGUAACUGUCUCUAUAAGCAUCUGUACUCCAAAUAAGAAUCUUGAUUUCAUGAUUUUUUUUAAACCUCAGUUGAUCCUGCCCUGCACCCCCCCACCCCGCCCCCCUCAAUAAAAGCCACGAUAUCUGUCAAAUUUAAAUGUUGCUGUAGACUGGAAAAGCAUUUUGGAUUGGAUGUUUGUUUUAGCCUGCUAACUUGAUUUGCCAACAUCUAUGAAGAAUGGGUUAGGGAAAAGAUAAUUUUUAAAACUCUUAGCCUUUUUUUUUUUUUAAAGCAGGGUCUUUUGUAGUUCGUGUUAUUGGUGAAUUGACUCAGAACAAAUGAAGCUCUCUUACACAUUUUUUGUAAGUCUUGAAUGUAAUUUGAUGAAAUGAUCAAAACAAGUUGUGGGAUUACAAGUUCUUUAGGGGGGUCUGGGGGAGGUUUGGGAUUUUUUUUUUUUCCUUUUCUGUUUUUGUUAUCUGAUGUCUGGGGUGAAAAACCUUUUCUCUUAUGGUGAAAUAGCUCAGGGUUAACCAGUUGUGUGCCAGGAAUUGUACUUGUAUUUCAUGCAACUUCUCAUUAAAUCCGUUAUUAUUAAGAGUCCCAAAGUGUGUGGACUUGACUACUUUCAGAUAGAAGAGCAAAAAAUCAAGAAUUGGCUGCCAGAAAUCUUGGGAUUUCUUGGGUUACAGGCACAUAAGGUUAAGGCAGAGAGGUAGAAAAUGAUGAAGACUAAACCCUGAUUGACUUCAGCUCUCAUAGUUUUAUAUUUCCAAGGACAAGCAACAGCAAAAAGCAUCAAGAGUCUUCAGUUCUUUUAGAAUCUUGGAUUUGUGCUACUUGCUUGUGGUGGAACAGGAAGGUUUUGGGGUAAAUUCUCAGACUGACAGAGUUGACUGGACAAGUUCCAGCUGAAGAUCAGUGUUAGACCAAUACAGACAGAUUUCAAGGGGACAGACACUUUCCCUUCUCCCACCUUUGAUGCCUCUUUGAGGGAGCAACUCACAUCUGGAAGAGGCAACGUGAACACCGACCUGCACUGACCAUCAGAACCAUCUCAUCUCGAGGCUUCAGCCAGCCAUGGGGGCUUUGAAUUUAGGUGGAUUAACCCUCAAUAAACCAUCUGAUAAUCCUCCA